CACAUUGAAAAGAUAUCCUGCACAACUAUCAUUGACUACAUGGAUGAGCUUUAUAGUGGCAGAACGGCUGUCUUCACCGUGUGUAUAGAACAUAGACGAGCUGCUUGGACAAUCGGAUUCAACAUUCACCUCUGGUCGAUAUUAUAUGUUGCAAGUACCGGGAUUUUCUGAAAACGACCGUGAAAUUAGACCCAUUUUGUACCAUUUUGGUUUUUAGUUUUCAUUGUUUUAGAUGGAGAUAGAAGAUGGGAGGGAGGUGGAAGAAAUGUACGUGAAAUGCUAUACAUAAAAUGUUUACUAAAAACUUAAAACUAAAUAGUUAUUGGUAGGACUAAUCUAAUGUGGUGUGCAUGGCCCAGUGGUGAUUCAACUAUGGUGAACAGAAGAGAAAAGACCAGUUUUUGUGACCAUGUUUAAUCCUGUUUCAACAAUUUUGGUGGCUGUUUUAGCUUACUUUGUCCUGGGUGAAAGACUUUAUACUGGCAGCAUAGUAGGGGUCUUCAUUGUCAUCCUUGGGCUGUACUUGCUGCUGUGGAGAAAAGAUAGUGAUGAAGUUUACGUCAAGGCGGAAGAGUCAUCUUAUCAGACAACACAUGAAGAGCAUAAGGAUAAUGGCAUACAGAAAAUCACUUCAGCUAACAAGAAUGUGCAGCAUGGUGAACCAUAAAGAUCAGAUUGGAUCCUUCCCUGGAAUCCAUCAAGACGGAAAUCACGAAUCAAAAUUGAACACUUCAAAACUAAAAGCAGAUGAUGAAAGUGAUAAAGAAAAGCUAGUUGAGUGACAAACAUGGGAGCAAGAAAAUGAAGUCUGCUUUAACCUUUGUUAUAGCAAGAGAAAAAUUCGUGAUCGUUUCCGCGGGAAGAGGCUGCACAUAUUUCAGCCCUUCAUGCUCAAAAUCUAAAUUGUUUUUGAUGAUUUAAUUUGGACUGAAGAAGAACUCUUU